AUGGCGAAUAAUUUUAAUCAAGUUGGACCAGUUCCUGGAACGAUCCGAGUUCCGACGAACGUUUAUCCGGGUUUUCCAAACGGUCAAAGAGUAAUAGUGAGACCUCAUUUGACUAUGCAACCAAAUGGUGUACACAUCAAUAGUGCUUAUAUGCAAGGCAUACCCUUUGCGAAUAAUCCAAUAAAUCUUAUUCCCAGAAGGAUUCCAAAUCAACCAAAUCUACUCAAAGGAAUUCCGAGAGAAACUUUUUUUAUGAGGCUUUUGAGUUUUGCAGAACAUUUUGCAGAACAUUUAGGGGAUAAUAUUCUUCACUUGAAAGAUUUGACCAGUCGUUUCUUUGCUGACGAUACUUCGAUGAAAUACACACUUUGGUCACCACACAGUCAAAAGGAAUUUGAAAUAAAGUACCAAGUUAUACCUAGGUUUUAUCAAACCUUCUUUGAAUCGGGAGUAAUGAGGAUCCAGCUCGUAUUGGGACAUCCGCGUCCUUCGCAAUACGCACAGGUGGAGUGCCCAUCUGCUUCAAUAGUAUAUUAUUAUGGAAAUGGAAUACAGGUUGUUGCACCUGGGCGUUUGACCGUCCUUUUCAAUCCCCAAUUAAAAAUGACACAUUUCGAAUUU